AGUCUCGUGAAAAACUAUGACAAAGACAGUGAAAUGGGGCGAAGAAAGAGAUUUCAGAGGGAAUCAAUAAAAGAAUAAAUAGAGCUCCGUUCAUUUAUUUCUUCCAGCAAAAAAGGGGGAGAGAGAGAGAGAGAGAGAUGCUGGUUUAUCACCAAUAUGCUUUUCCCCUCUCUCUGUUUCUCUCUCUCUUUCUUCCUUUCUUCGUCUCAGUUGAAAACUGAUUACAGGUUGCUUAUCGACUCGAGUACAAUUCCACCCCUUCUCGCAUAGAUCUUGGAGGGUUUAGAUCCCAUCAAUUAUUUAUCAUAUUUUAUAAAUCCAACAGUACUACAAUUUUUUUUUCCACAUUACAAGGAGCCAGUGGGGGAGCUGGCCGUUGAUUGGAGCUGGCAAAAUCACGUGCCCCGGAGUCACAUGGUCAGGGAGGAAAAAGGGGUCCUUUUUGGUGUAAAUCUGGACUCUAAUUCCGUAAUAUAUCACGGUACCUCGUAAAACCGACACUAAAACGUCCCGGCCUACAAAUCACCCGGCCAAAUUAUGAGUUCAUUGUAUUAUGCGAAUGCUUUAUUUUCUAAAUAUCAACCCGCAAGUUCGGUUUUCCCAUCCGGAGUCUUUCCUGAGCAAACUUCUUGCGCUUUUGCCUCCAACACCCAACGAACGGGUUAUGGCUCUGGGUCGAGUUCCUCCUUCGCUGCCUCCAUGCCUGGGUUAUACACCAAUGGUAGCAGCAUGCACCCGCAGCCCGCUAGCAUGUACUCCACCAGCUACGGCCUGGAAAGCAGUUCUUUCAACAUGCACUGUUCUCCCUUUGAGCAAAACCUCUCAAUGAUGUGCCCCGGAGAUGCCUCCAAGCAGAACUGCAACAAAACGGAUCAGAGGGACUCAGACUUGCAAAACGAGAGUAACUUCCGGAUCUACCCCUGGAUGAGGAGUACAGGGACCGACAGAAAGCGGGGCCGGCAGACCUACACCAGGUACCAGACCCUGGAGCUGGAGAAAGAAUUCCACUAUAACCGCUACUUGACGCGGAGGAGACGCAUCGAAAUCGCCCAUGCCUUGUGCCUGACAGAGAGACAGAUCAAAAUCUGGUUUCAGAACAGACGCAUGAAGUGGAAAAAGGAAAAUAAAACCGCCUGCCCUGGUUCAAAUAGCCAGGAAAAGCCAGACGCGGAGGACGAUGAGGAAGAGUGAAAGAGAGAGAUUGGGGGGUGGGUUGGGGAACCAAAAAAAAUAAAAAAAUAAAAAAAAUAAAAAGAAAGAAAAAAAGAAAGAAAGAAAAGGAAUAGAGGACUUUAGUCCGGCAAGUUAAUCCAGGAAACUAAACAUCAUGGAGCAGAAAGGACUAUAUAUUAAAAUAAAUAAUAAAUGCAGCAUAAAAAUCUAGGGAUGAGACUUUCUGUUUCCUGACACUGAAAAAAAUACUACCUAUAUUAAAGUCUUGUUUUGUUUCGUUUUGUACAAUAGAAUGGAUGAUACUAUCUGCCUAUUCAAUGUGGCUUUAGAGUCAGACUAGAUACAUUUUUCUAUGUGGGUCUUCAUAUAGUACCAGUAUUUGUAAAUCUCCCUGUUUGUAUAUCCUCGUGUGCUUUUUUGGUAUGAAAUAACGUGGUCGUGUUAGCACCUUUCACUAGAAAAUGUGAUCUGAGAGUCUGAAGAGAAAUUAUACAUAGCGUCUCUAGUGCUCUGUAUAUACUAUGAAUUAUCCUGGCGCCUUGUUCUUCGUAACCUCCGUGGUUCUUUUCUCGUUGCUAGGCUGUUUUUGUCUGUGUAUAUUUUCACCUGGACCACUCCCUUGUUCCAGUCACUAGAAAAAAAGAUGAAUUAAUAUUGUGCAGCGUAAAGCGAUGUAUAUCAAGGUAGCAAAUUAUUUAAUGGCGAGGAGUUUCUUUGGGGGUUUGGUUUGGUUUGGUUAUUUUUUUUUCCUGGUCUGUGACGAUUAUUCUUCGAAAUAAAAAAACAAACUGAUCAAUA